AUGAAGGCUCUCCUUAUUCUGGGCCUUUUUCUACUUUCUAAUACUGUCCAGGGCAAGAUUUAUGGAAGAUGUGAGUUGGCCAGAACUCUAAAGAAACUUGGAAUGGAUGGCUACAAGGGAAUCAGCCUGGCAAACUGGAUGUGUUUGGCCAAAUGGGAGAGCAGUUAUAACACAAAAGCUACAAACUACAAUCCUGGAGACAAAAGCACUGAUUAUGGAAUCUUUCAGAUCAAUAGCCGCUAUUGGUGCAAUAAUGACAAGACCCCAAGAGCAGUCAAUGCCUGUCACAUAUCCUGCAAUGCCUUGUUGCAAGAUAACAUCUCUCAAGCUGUAGCUUGUGCGAAGAGGGUUGUCAGAGAUCCACAAGGCAUUAGAGCAUGGAUGGCCUGGAGAACACAUUGCCAAAACCGAAAUCUCUCUGAGUAUGUUCGGGGCUGUGGUGUGUAACCACAAAAGUUUUCCUCUUCAGUUCAUGCCUUCCCUCCUUCACAUUUUAGGAGUAGUUGUUAAAUGAGAGGUCACACUGCUAUUGUUUCUCCUUUACACAGAAUUUUACAGAAACAGGAGUAAAAUACAGCCUUUCCCUCAAAGGAGUCUUAGUGUUCAUUAACAUGGUUAUAACUUGAUAUGAACACUAUACUUUUUUUCCAGUUUGCUAAGAGAACCAAUGUUGGUGAAAAUUUUUCUACCUUAAUCUCAAACUCAACUCCAGUACAUUUUUUUGGCUUGGUUUUCUUUUUUUUUUUGGCCUUGAACUCAAGAUCCCCCUGCCUCUGCCUCUCAAGUGCUAGCAUUAAGGGGGAGCACCACCACACCAAGCUUACCUUCACUUCUUUAUCAGUGAAGUCAAUCAGACUUAAUAGUAAUUGAUGUAAAUGCUCUACAAUAUCAAAUGAUAUAUAUUAUAAAACAAGUUUUUCUUAAAACGAACUGGUUUUACACCAACCUCAACUAUGUAAGUAUCUGAUACCAACAUUUAAUAACUGUCAAAAUAGCCACUCUCGGGCUGGG